ACAAUACCUCACAAGUCAUCACCCAACAAAUUCACCACCCUAUCUUUUCUUACUAUUAUAUAUCAAUUUCUCAUAUAUCCAACCCAAUAGAAACAAUUAUGGCAAGGAACUCAUUCAACUUCCUCAUUAUCAUGGUCAUUUCAGCACUGCUUUUGCUUCCUGGAUCACGUGCAAGCUUUCAGGAAAAGAUAACUAUGAACAUAGAAGAUGGACGCGAAAGCGGCAUAGCAAAGAAAAUAGUUGAGGCAGAAGCAGAAGCAGAAGCAUUAUUACGCGUUGGUGAGCAAGCUAUGCUGGAACAAGUAAUGACAAGAGGCUUAGCAGAUAACCUUAAGAGGUGUAUACCAUGUGGUCAAGACUGCAUUUCCUCAAGAAACUGUUGCUCACCUUGCAAAUGCAACUUCGGGCCACCGGUUCCAAGGUGUACUUUGAAUGCUUAGCUUGCUGCUAAGUGCUAAGCGCUAGCCUUGCUAGUAUGUGCACGAUCCGCUCUAUCUCUUUAUAUAUGCACCUAAGUCCUUUCAUCUCGAUCUGUGUUGUUUGUGUGUAAAAUAAAGUCUUGGUUUUCCAAGACUAGUUAUGUUAUUGGCUUAUGUUUUUCGAAUCUUGAUAUAUAAAUAAGACAAGGAGACCUAUUUCUUGCUUUGCUUA